AUGUUUGAACACUUUACGUUCGGCGCUCAAGCGCAGACACGACCACAAGAGGAUUGGGAUGCUUCCCCAACAGAUAUCUCCUGCUCUGAGCCACCUUCGGCUUCAUCGACUUCAUUCCCGUUUAACUGGGAAGAGUCGCAGCCGGAGCUUGGUUCUAUCGUACAACAAAUGAGCAGACAAUCCCUAUCACACGAAAGCGAGACGUCACAGCCUUCCAUAUGGCAAACCACAUUACCAAGUCCGAUAACUGACUUCGACGACAAUUGCGAUCCAUUUAAUAUCGAGGAUCUUGCUUUUGUCUCAACGACCCGAGGCAUGGCGAAAGUUAAAGCGGGUUAUAGCGAUGCUGCACCUAUGACGCUGCAAGCCCCGUCCAACCACGGAAGGGUCGCAUGUCGACGGGUUCAACGACAACGAAACACCCAGAUGCAAGCCUGCGCAAAGCACGUUCGGGAUAUUAGUGCAUUGGUCGAGGAUAUGGUCGAUGGCAAUUCACAAUGUACACUACACAAAACAACAUCGAACCAAAACCUCUGGAGUCCGCAAACAGUUCCAGCCAAGCAAUCAGACGACAAGUCGAUCUUCUCUCCUUUAUAUUUUGAGAAUCGUGGGAUAAGUCCAGAUCCCAACCCCGAAGACGACGAGGGGUUCGCGGAAAUGGAAGAGCAGAUUACUGCGUUGAAGGAGGAGCUGUCGUUGAGGAGGUGUACGCCGAGUGGGAUCAGGAAACAUAGUGGAUUAAAGUAUCGUGGGAGUAUUGAGGGGAUGAACAGUCAGUUGGUUGUUAAUGGGAAGCUCAAGGUGCGAUCCAUGCCUAGGAUGAGGAAAAGAAACAGAAUCUUGCCGGUUGCGGAAUGA